UCGCUUUCCGCCGCUCAACGGGAAAAGUGAACAACAAUCAAGGCAUUUUUUUUCCUCUUUGGCGCUGUUUCCCCCCCUCCCCAGACAUGAUCUCGACGCGCGUGCUGGUCGUCUUGGCGCUAUGCGCGCUCGCUCGCUCGGCCUCGCUGGACUUCAGGAAGGUGGCGGACGGGCUGUUCGGCCGGCGCGCCGGGAGGUCGGACCAGCUGGCGCUGCCCACGGUGUCACCCGGACUCAACCCCGGGGACGCCGGGGUGCAGGAGUGGCCCGACGAGUUCCAGGAGGACAUCCAGAGCGCCUUCGAGCUCCUCAAGAGCAAGCGGGAAGCGGAGGAGUCCCAGAACAACAACUUCAACAACUUAUUUGGAUUCAACCAAAUACCCGACAUGAAUAACAUAGGUGGCCAGUUGAUGCCCAAUAGCACCAAUUUCGGGCAGUACAUACCUGGCAACAUGAGCGCUCCCAACUUUAAUCAGUACAUACCUGGCAACAUGAGCAUGCCCAACAACUUUAAUCAGUACAUACCUGGCAACAUGAGCAUGCCCAACAACUUUAAUCAGUACAUACCUGGCAACAUGAGCGCGCCCAACUUUAAUCAGUACAUACCUGGCAACAUGAGCGCGCCCAACUUUAAUCAGUACAUACCUGGCAACAUGAGCGCGCCCAACUUUAAUCAGUACAUACCUGGCAACAUGAGCAUGCCCAACAACUUUAAUCAGUACAUACCUGGCAACAUGAGCGCGCCCAACUUUAAUCAGUAUGUACCUGGCAACAUGAGCGCGCCCGACAUGGGAAACUGGCCUGGCAUGAACAACAUGAACGGCUUUACGCAAUACAUACCCAACAACAACAACAACAAUAAAGAAAACGGUGCCUCAAAGAGGAGUGCUGACUUUGCCAGCCAGAUCCCAACAGUCGACUACAACAAGCCUGUCAACCAGGGAAUGGGCACGCUCUGCAGUUCUGCUACUGAGAGGAAAUAAUCUUUCUGGCUCCAGUUCGUAAACACCAUGGCUAUUAAGACGAGUGCAAUGUUAGUCAAGUUUUAUAACCAAACAAAAUAUUUCUGAAACUAUCACUGUUCUUAUCUUUCUUUUGAUUUUUUUUGUAUAUCUUUCAAACAUUUUAAGCAGGAGAAAUAACGCCAUUUUGAAUUUUUAUGUUAUUUGCAGUAUUUUAGUUAUAAUUUUAUUAAAACUGCUAUGUUGGACAAAGAUAGCAAUUACUAUAUUUUUGUGAGAAUUUUAGAGAGUGGCUGUUGUAUCCAUCAUUAAUAUAUGGGAUGAGUUUUUCAUCCCCAGUGAUUCCACAAGGUAAAGUAGUAUUUGUAUUAAAUCUUUAUCAACUUCAUAUAUUCAGUUUGUACUGUACUAUGUUGGAGUCAAAAAUUUCAAUGAAAACCUAUAAACUUAAGUAAUUUUGUCUAAAAACUGGUAAGUAAGAAAUGGCUUCUAUAUCUCCUGUUUAAGUAUUAUUUAUUCUGGUUUGAUAAAUUAUUUUAUGCUUACUUUCAUGUUAUUGAACUUUAUUGUAAAGUUUUUAUGUAUUAAAUUUUAUAAACUGAAAAAUUA